AUGAAAGACGUUGGCUCACAUCGUAACAUCGUGAACAUGUUGGGUUGUGGUACACUCAGUGAUCCAAUGUUUCUUAUCGUGGAAUAUCUACCUAAUGGUGAUCUACUCCACUACCUCAGGAAACGACGAGGAAAGGCAACAAGAUACCCAGAYAGCGAUCCUCGUGGUCCAUACCACUCUACCUACUGCCAGACGUAUUUCAACAAGAACAAACCCGAAGAAGGAUUAUUAGUUCAGGCAUCACGCAGCGACAGGAUCUACGUUCACUCACCAGAAAACGCUAAAGAGUCAAGCCCAGGCGACAUUCAACUACUAUCUGUCCAAAGCGUGGAGACUGGUAACAAUGAAGUCGUUACCACGGGUUACGAUUCAGAGGAUUGUGAGAAGGACGAUAUUGAUGAUGAUAUCUUGACACCUGGUGAUUUGAUGGCCUUCGCAUGGCAGGURUCGCAGGGCAUGGAAUACCUUUCCAAGCGAGGCUAUGUCCAUCGUGAUCUCGCAGCUCGUAAUGUCUUGGUUGGUUUAUGAGAUCAUGUGUUCUUGUUGGAGAGCGCUACCUGAAGAUCGACCCACGUUUGAAGAUUUGCGCUCAAAACUUGAAGAAAUGAUGACACGUGACAAUCCUUACUUCGACCCUUCCGCUGUCGAUGAAUCACGUGACUACUAUAAYGUCCCGUCAUUCAACAGUGCCCCAGAACCGGAUGACGAUGACGAUAUUAUUGAAGACUUAUUUGGUGGARUGGCGUCGUCCAAGGAGGACGAAAUCCAARUCAUCACCAAGAGCAACGAAAGCGAUAAGAAUUCUGAGGGUGAUUUUCUGUUCAGUGACGUGUCCCCAUCAGGGGACCCCUGGGUCCURGAAUUGGACAACGACGCUUCGGUAAAUAGUGAUCAUGUCAUGGGAUUGGAUGUUGAUCUUAUUGAUAACGAGCAAAGUAAACCCUCAACUGAGCAACCUAAAASUAAACUUAAAAAUAUUAAAUACGCCAGCCUCGACUUCAACGAUAUUGAGUUYCAGAUCUACAGACGUCAMAAUAGAGGGUUUGCAUUAUAAAUUAAGCCAUCCUUACUCCUUACUUUCGGGAUAUCUUCGGAAAGUCCUCGUAACUACUUCGAGAUAUUCUCGGAAGGAACUUGAAUCGUGAGCACCUUUCGCCCUCCAUAAGCCAGAGACUUAUAUAAAGAUGAAUUCGUCGCUUAGAGAGUUUCAGUUCAGACAUUUAUGUUUCAUUUAACAGGCUUUUUAAUAAGUCCUUAUGCAAAGUGACAAUGUGAAUUCAAUAAUUUAAAUUCCAAAAAUUAACAAGUAAAGGGUGAUUAUAAAUUAUAAAAAAUAAUGUAAUGAUAAAUCGAGAAUGUGGUAAAUCUGCUGCGAGUAGCAAGUAACAAAGUUAAUUUUUGAAUAGAUAUAACACUUGAGAAACUGUUGCGACGGACAUUCGUCUGGUCGAAUUAAAUAAUUAAAUGCAAAUUAUAUGGCAAACAUUUUUUGAUGGAAUUACAUUUACCUUAAGCUGUUAAAUAUCAUGUAUAAAUCAGUUUUAAUCGAUUAAUUGUUCUGCUUUUUGUAUGUCAGUGUUUUAAGUUUAUUUUAAUAAACUGUAUUGCAUACUCUAAA